CGGCGUGACGAGCAAAAGGCUACCCCUCCCCCCCGCUUCCCUUAUCCGGCCGGAAGUGCGGUAGCGUCUGAGGGGGGAGAGCGAACACGGGGCGGGCGACAGUGGGGCGAACUGAGGCGGCAGGAUGUCUUCUGGUGCUUUAUUUCCAAGUCUGGUGCCAGGCUCCCGGGGCUCAUCUAGCAAAUACUUGGUAGAGUUCCGUGCGGGAAAGAUGUCUUUGAAAGGCAGCACUGUUACACCAGACAAGAGGAAAGGUCUCGUAUAUAUCCAGCAAACGGAUGAUUCCCUCAUUCACUUCUGUUGGAAAGACAGGACUUCAGGGAACGUGGAGGAUGACUUGAUUAUUUUCCCUGAUGACUGUGAAUUUAAGAGGGUGCCUCAGUGCACUACAGGCCGCGUUUAUGUGUUGAAAUUCAAAGCUGGAUCCAAGCGGCUCUUCUUCUGGAUGCAGGAGCCCAAGACUGAGAAAGAUGAGGAGCACUGCCGUAAGGUGAAUGAGUAUCUCAACAACCCACCAAUGCCUGGAGCUCUGGGUGGUAGUGGAAGUGGAGGCCAUGAGUUGUCUGCCCUUGGAGGUGAAGGUGGCUUGCAAAGUCUUCUGGGAAACAUGAGCCAUAACCAGCUCAUGCAGCUGAUUGGACCAACAGGCUUAGGAGGACUUGGUGGGCUCGGUGCUCUGACAGGUCCUGGUCUGGCUAGUCUGUUGGGAAGUGGGGGCCCCCCAACUAGCAGCUCUUCUUCCAGCUCUCGCAGCCAGUCGGCAGCUGUGACACCAUCUUCCAGUACUUCUUCCACACGGGUAACGCCAGCUCCUACAGCUCCCGCAGCAGCCUCUGCCACUGCUACUGCCACCAGUCCCAGUCCUGCUCCGAGUUCUGGAAAUGGGACCAGUACAGCAACAAGCCCUACUCAGCCCAUCCAGUUGAGUGACCUCCAGACUAUCUUGGCAACGAUGAAUGUGCCGGCUGGAGCAGGAGGGCAGCAAGUUGACCUGUCCAGUGUCCUGACCCCGGAAAUAAUGGCACCCAUUCUGGCAAAUACAGAGGUUCAAGAGCGCUUGCUGCCUUAUCUUCCUUCCGGGGAAUCUCUGCCGCAGACAGCAGAGGAGAUCCAGAACACACUGACCUCUCCACAGUUCCAGCAGGCACUCAGCAUGUUCAGCGCUGCCUUGGCUUCUGGGCAGCUGGGACCUCUAAUGAGCCAAUUUGGCCUACCAGCUGAGGCAGUAGAUGCAGCAAACAAAGGAGAUGUCGAGGCGUUUGCAAAAGCAAUGCAAAACAACGUCAAAUCCGAUCAAAAGGAAGGAGACUCAAAAGACAAGAAGGACGAGGAAGAAGACAUGAGUUUAGAUUAGGUUUCUUUAAUGUGUCUUACGGGUACUCCUAGAUAUUUACCUUAAGAUAAGUAGGAUAACUAGCAUACUUCAUGUAUUGAAUCUGCAAGUAAAGGACCUCUCUGCCAAAUUCAUCCUGGGUAUACUGGGUUUCCCCCCCACUUGCUGCAGUUUCAAACAGAUGUUUGUCUUUGUGGCCUUAAAGUACACUUUGGCAGCUUCAUAUUGUUGUCCUGAUUAAAUUUAUAGUCUUGCAUCAAAUCCAGUUGCAGGUCUAUGCUUGGGGUUUCUUGUAAGGUAAAUGCAUCACCUUGGCACAAACAUUUGUAAUUUUUAUAUUUAGUUUGUUGUUACAACCCAUAUCCAAGAGUUGCUAUAAAGCCAUCCAAGGGCUUAUCUAUAUCCAGCAGAAUAUUUUGUGCUUUUAAACCCUACCUAUUUAAGGAAUUGCUUGGUUCUAACAGUUCUUUUGUAAGAAGCCCCUUUUGUUCCUAGAAGGCUGUCUCCUCUUUCUACUUAUUCUCUCCAUCUCCUACAUUGUGUGAGGUAAUCCUGACCCUCAAGUCAUGUUUUUAUGAAGGACAUGGGGCAGUAGGAACGGGAAAAACCCUCUCGUGAGAAGAAUGUGUGAUUCUGAAGGUUCCAAGGCAAUCUGUCCCCAAAUUUCUCACUCAGGAGUGUUGCAUCCUCUGGGCUUCAGCCUAAUUUUAUGCAGGGGGCAGUCUGAGCCCAGUCCACUUUUAGAUGGUGUGUAGUCUUCAACUAUCUUCUAGGACAGAGCUUUCCAAACUCUGUUGUGACACACUCCCCCUGGGAGUUUAACCUCCAGUUUGCUAGUAAAAUUGUGUCAUGAAAUGAUGCGUGUCUAAAAAGUAUGUCAGCAGCAUGAAAAGUUCGGAAAGCUGUUCUAGGGACUGGCCCUCAAUAGAAACAUGGGUUCCUUUCCCUGUUCUAAACUGGCUUGCCCUUCAUAGCCUUGCUUCUCUAUUAGCAAUCCUAGCAUGUUGAAGUAAUAAUAAUACUUUUACUAUUUGUUCCCUUGCCCAUCUGACUGUGUUGCCUCAGCCACUCUGAGCAGGAAGCUGGGAAAACUUCCUUUGCCUAACAUCCUGACUUACCCAAAUGUCACUGCAUUUGACAGCUAUGCCUGUUUUUGUGAGAUACAUAAAAGUAGUGACAGGAAUUUUGGUGGUGGAGAUCUUUUGGGAAGUGCCAUAGCUGAACUAUAAAGAGAACUGUGCAUUUGGUAGGCAUUUAGACCUCUAAACUUCACUUUACAAAACAAAAACCUGCAGGAAUGUCUGAGGUCCCUAUAGCGCUUGAAACGGUUGCAAAGACGAGUUUAAUAUAAAGUGAUUGUGGGUUUAUUGGCAGCUAUCGAGGCCCAGGCAGAGUAUCUUAACAAAUUCGGCACUACUCCAUAUUGUUUGUAUGAAUUAUAGAUCAUAAAAUUUUAUUUGAAUUAAAAGUAUGUACCAGUGAUUUACAGAGAUUAUCCCUUAAAAGUACAGCUUAAGAACAGAUACUUACAGUGGUUGAAAGUGAAACCAAUAAUUGUUAAAACCCAUUUUACAAUAUGUACCCCAGCAUUAAAACAGCCAAUAUACUGAUAAGUUAUAAAGUCCUUUUCAAAGCAG